AGUGUAUGAAGAGCAGUUUAUUGGUCAAGGAGUCAUGCAGUCACCCCAUUGUGUAAUCUCAUCACAAGAAGUGUUUGGAUCACUAAACUGAGAUCAAUAUCAAGGCUAAGAUGUGGAGCAUAGCUGCAUUGGUGUUAGUGCUGACAGGGUCUGCCUCUUGCUACAUCACGUGCCCUGGUGGGAAGGUCUGCUCUGAUCAAUCAACCUGUUGUUUGACUAAAGGAGGAUACGCCUGCUGUCCAGUUCCCAAUGCGGUGUGUUGCUCUGACAUGGCCCACUGUUGCCCGUCAGGCUUCAACUGCAAUGCCAUCACCCAGAAGUGUGAGAAAGGUGACCAUCCAUGGAGCAGUGUGCCCAUGCUGAACAAGGUGGCUGCAGAGGAACCAAGCUCUCCUGUCUCUGCUCCGCUCGAAUCUGACAGCAGCCCUGUCCAGAGCAAUGCAGUGGAGAGCUCCAUGGUCGGCAAGGUGCAAUGUGACAACUAUUAUGCUUGUCCCGAUGGCACCACCUGCUGCCACCACCCCACAGGCCUGUGGUUCUGCUGUCCGUACUCUCCUGGUAGGUGCUGUCUAGAUGGGUACCACUGCUGUCCCUAUGGCUAUGACUGUGACCCCACAUACACUAAGUGUGUGAGGUAUGGCAACCUGAGGUACCCUUUUGCUCCGAGGCAGGCCCCUUCAAUGAUCGAAGCCAUCAAGGUCUCCAAACUGGAAAACAAGGUCCACGAUCAGCAGGUCUCAUGGACAGCUCUAGUUCAGGCCGCUGACAGCACGCCACAGGCUGGAGUCACUCACUGUGACACUAAAUUCUAUUGUCCUUCUGCAUCCAGCUGCUGCAAGGGACCUAAUGGCAAAUGGGGAUGUUGCCCAUUCCCACUGGCGAAGUGUUGUGCGGAUGGCCUGCAUUGCUGUGAAUAUGGAUACACCUGUGACCCAAACUCAUACAAGUGCAGGAAAUGGUACUCUCAUAUUCCUUCAGGUCUGAAGGAUGAUGCUAAUCAGGAUUGACACAAUUUCAAAUGAUUUAUGAUCUUGUCCCUAUCCUGACAUUGGAUUGUACCCUUUUUGUGAUUGCAUUUUAAUUUAACCUUGCACUGAUGAAUACAAGAAUGUUGAAUCAUGUCACCCAAUCAUUAAAAUGUUUCCUUGUUGAGUA